AUGAAGGGCCUCGUCCAAUUGGGAGAGAGUAUCCUGAUCUGUAAGCCGAAUGAGAGAAGUAAAGCCGUGACAUUAGUACAGUCUGAACUGCCACCUGUCAGGAGUUGUCUAGGAACAUCUAUAUUAUUCUGUGUUAUACAUAUCGUAGUCAGUGGUGUGGCGCUGUCUGUGACAGAUUUGGCGGCCUAUGCCCCCUGUACUAUGUUAGCGGCCUCCCUGGAGACCACCUCUGAUCAGACACAGGACAUGAUUGAUGCCUGUAUACAGUUCCUUCAGGACAACGAGUUUGUGUCUCUUCAGAAAUCACAAACAGAAGAUGGUAUGACAACAGAGUUUGUUUCCACACAGCUCGGUGCAGCUGUACUAACCUCCAGUCUUUCUCCAGAUGAAGGUCUGACUGUGUUUGCUGAACUACAGAAAGCUCGACAGUGUUUUAUUCUGGAGAAUAAGCUACACAUAGUCUAUCUAGUGAGUGACCCCAUCUACUCCCUAGACUUGGGGGCUAACAUGGACUGGUACAAGUUCUACUGUCUGUGGGACAAACUUUCCCCGGACAAGAAGAGAGUGGCUCAGCUGGUGGGGGUCAGUGAGGCAUUCCUCACCAGGGCCAUCCAGGGGAGGAUACCAACGAAAACAGAGAAUCAGUUAAGAAGUCUGGUCAUACACAAGAGAUGCGGUUGAAUGUUCUAUACCUGCCUGAUACUGAGUGACCUUGUACAGGAAGUUCCCCUGGGGGAGGUGUGUCACCGCUACAGCUGUAACAAAGGUCAGCUCCAGUCCCUACAGCAGACAGCCGCCACUUUUGCAGGUAUGGUGACCGUGUUUUGUGGCAGGCUGGGUUGGUAUAACUUGGAGUUGAUCCUUGGUCAGUUCCAGCAUCCUUUGACCUUUGGAGUCCAGAGAGAGCUGUGUGACCUUCUGAGACUGACCUUGCUGAACGGACAGCGGGCCAGAGUCCUGUACAAUGGGGGCUUCCACAUUUUGGCAGUAAACGCCAGUAUCACUGAUGUAGAACUAAUCUUUUAUUCUCCAAACUAUAUUUCUCCAUUUCAAAGUUCCAAAAGACAGGACAAUGAGAGAGAAUGGGAGGCGACAAAGAGACAGGAGAGUCGCUGUAUCUGGUUAACGGGGCGUAAAGGUGCAACAGAGCGUGAAGCCGCGGAGGCCAUCAUAGAGGAGACCAAGUCAGUCAUCCAACAGGAGCUGGGCGGACUGGGAAUCCAGUGGAAAAAUCCAGAAUCCAGGGACAUCCAGAAUGUGGGUUCAAAUUAGGAUCAGAGCAAAGUGGUAUGUCAAGAUGACAAGAAGGCUCAGGGUUUAAGCAAAAGUCAUGGUGGUAUGACCUUGGUAAGGCCCAAGGGAAGGAGGUCAGUAGGGAAAAGGAAAUCAGUGGGAAAGAAAAGUCCUGGACUCCCCAAGUCUGGGAUUUCUAAUGGAGAUGAUUUCAGAGUAUUAGAGAGGUCUGUUGUAGUCAGUCCACCUGGCAUCAGAACACUAGGGAACAGACAGGGAUACAUGAACAAAACAAUCACAUCUGAUAGUAGGGGAAGCACAAAUGAUAAUUUGAAAGGGGGAAAAGAAGAUUGUACUACAUUGAUGACAAAACUUACAACCACAGCAGAAAUUCACCAUUUUCCACCAAAUCCAGUGGAAGAAAGCUGUUCUGUUCCUCAAAUACACAAUUCCGAGUCUUGUGAUGGAACAAGUAAAGAGAUAAUUCUGAAUAAAGUUGAGAAACAACAAAACUCCAAACAAAUGAAAACAUCAUCUGCCAAGAGAUCUGAAAUUUCUUCAGUUGCUUCUUCUACUAACGCCAUCGAAAUCCCAGCAUUGACAUCUGAUUUAAUCAAGACAGGAGAAAAUGUAAAUAAUGAAAAAGGCAACAGAGCAAAUUCUGAUGGGAAAGUCUCUUCAUUAGGCGUCCAUGAACCUGACUGUCUGAGAGAUCCUGAUGAUACUGCAAAGACAAAUAACAAACAAACUCCAGCCAUCAAGCAAGGAUCUGAUAUAAAAACUCCUCUUGUACAGAAAAAUCAAAUAAAUCACUCGUCUAUGGAAAAUUUGAAAAUUCAUUCUAGUUCUAGAGAAGUGGAUCAAAUGAGUUUGAACAAAAAUCCUAAAGAAAACAAAGAGAAAGUUACAGAGGAUAUGUUUUGUUCAGGGGACUUUACCGAUAGUUUUGUCUUUGAAUCUCAGAUGGAUGUAGGUCAAGUAGAUUUCCCAGCAUUGGCUUCUGUGGGGAAAUCUCCAAAAUCUGAGGAGGAUUUAUCUUCUCAGGAACCAGUGCCCGGUACUAAUCAUAUAAAAUCUGUGUCAGGUUUAGCCAAAGCAGAUAUUGGUUUCAUUAAUGAGGUAGGAAAGCUAUCUUCUUCUAAAGAGAAAAGUUUUAAUAAAUGUAUGCAGGGAAAAGAUACAUUGGAAGCGAGAAUUUGUUUUAAACAAUCCAGCCAUUCUAGAGAUGAACUGAACAAUAAGGUUAGUGACGUAAAGGACAAAGAAGUGAACUUUAUGAUACCUCCGUCAAGUAAAAGUGCAGAUGGUAAAAAAGAGAGAAAAUGGCAAUAUGGGCAGGAAGCCUGUUUCCAGGGCAGUGAUAAAAAAGAAAAAGAUCCCACUCAGACAGGCUACAGCCAGCUGUCACAGGACUUAAUGCUGGCACUAGAACUCAGUGACACAUUUAAUGAAGAGAGUGAUGGAACACAAACUAAAAAGUCUUCAGAAGCAGGCAUUCUGUCAAAAGGAAGUGAAAAAAAUAAUUACUUUAAAAAAUUUGAAGUGUACACAUCAGAACAAAAAUCAGGAGGGAAAGAGACAAAUGAUAAGGCAGACGAAAUGAGUGACUCGUUAACUUUUUCCAUGGUUAAUGAAGUAUUAGAAAUAAGUGAUAUGGGGCAGUGCAAUAGAAAAUCAAAUGUAAAAUCAAGUGAUUCUAAAUAUACUAAAUUGAAAUCAAGAGGGGCAUCACAAGUUAAAGACAAGAAGCUGAGUCCUGGGACACUGGCAUUCCUUGAUGAUCUUCACACAAGUAUAGACACUGACAGUGAUACAUUAGUGGGGAAAUCACCUUCACCCAAAAAGGUCUCUUCUCAGAAAACUAAACAUAAAAACACAAACAAGAAUGUAAACAGCCAAGGAAAAUCUGAUGGUAGAAAAUGUAAAAGAAAAAGUUUAGAGAAGGCUGAAGGAGGUAAAGUUAAAAAAUCUAAAAAAGAUAAAACCAGAACUAAUGAGUGUCUUUCUCACCCUCCAAGACCAGGUCUUCUAAACUCUCCAAGGACAAUCAGAAAGACCACACCCAAUAGUCUGAGGUCUAAAGGUCAAAAUGCCAGCACUGGUAGGGCCAGGAAAUGUAUUGACACUUCUGAUGCUUCAAAGAAAAAUGAAAAUAUAGUGGAGGAAAAUUGUGAAGGUGAUGAAGUACAUGUACCACAUGAAGAGAGAGGGCCAAUAGUGGACCCUAAUGAGACAGGGCUCCCUCCUUCUCAGGGGUCCUUCACUAUUAUAGAUGUGUGUGCUGAUGGUAGGUUAUUUGAGACGUUCCUUGCUGAGUGGAGGACACAGUCAGUGUUCUCUUUAUCUGUGGCCUGUAGGACCAAGCCUUCCUCCUCAGUCUCCUCUUUAUCUGUGGCCUGUAGGACCAAGCCCUCCUCCCCAGUCUCCUCUUCUGCUGCAGGACAAAUAGGAGCCAGGUUUUCUAAAGGAGGGACAACAGACCAAAGUAAUAGAGAGAAAGAGCCUGGAGUGGUCUCCCAUGGAUUGCCUGUCACAGGAACUAACCUGUUAAUUACAGGUGUGUCAAUCAGCUGGGAAGACAGAGAUGCUUAUUUCAUUUCCUUGACCCCAGAGAAUGCAGAGGAUGAAGAUGAUCUUGACCUCUCACCCCCGGGACUUGAUAAAUCUCUCUCAGUGUCAGCUCGCCUGGAAGCCAUUUAGCUGUCACUAGAAGACAGAGACAACUACACAGUGAUAGCAAUGGAUGCCAAGUCCUCUUAUGGGGCCUUAGAGAGGGGCUGUGGUAUAAGUUGCCAGGGAAAGUUUCAGGACCCGAAGGUAGCCAGCUGGAUAAUGGACCCAGGGGCCAAUGAGAAGAAUCUUCACCGCAUGGUCCAUGAUUACUUCCCUUUGGAAGCAUUUCUCCUAGAAGGUAUUGGAGGUGGAGUGGGGUAUGGAAGCCUAGGAAUGUCCCCUGAGAACCCUGGGUCGGGUCGACUGCGGGCCUGUACCGAGGCUGUCCUACUGACACACUUAAUGCAGUACCUCUCUCUCUGUCUGACCAAAGAGAACCUGAUGUCAGCCUUCCACGACAUCGAGAUGCCAGCUGUCAUCACACUGUCUCGUAUGGAGAUGAACGGAUUUGGUUUUAAUGAUGAGGAGUGUGAGAGACAGAAGACAGUGAUGAUAGAACGAUUUGGUGAACUUGAGGCUGAGGCGUACCAGCUGGUGGGGCACCAGUUUUCUCUGACUUCAACUGAAGAUCUUUCUCAGGUGCUAUUUAUAGAACUACAGCUCCCUGUUAAUGGUGACCCCAGCAGUCUGGGACAGCCUACCAGACCCAACAGACGGGCCUCCACAGGUCGGAGAGGCUGCCAGAAGACCCAGUUUUCUACCAGUAAGGAUGUCCUGGAGAAACUGCGCCCCUACCACCCGCUCCCUGGGAUCCUCCUGGAGUGGCGCCGGAUCAGUGGGGCCCUGACCAAGGUGGUGUUUGCCCUGCAGAAGGAGAAGGUGUACGUGGAGAGGUUAAAGAUGUACAGGAUAAUUACAGAUGUCCAGUACUUCUCAGCCACAGGACGGGUCAGUCUGUCUGAACCUAACCUACAGAACGUUCCAAAAGAUUUCCAGAUCUCUGCCUCAGUAUCAAAAAGUAUCGAACAACAGAUGGAGUGUGCUAGUCCUAUCGGCAGGACCCGUAACUCUGUAAGGAACCAGACCAGAGUUCUACAGAGGUCAGCCGAUGUUUCAUUCAACGUCAGCAUGAGACAUGCCUUCAUCUCUUUCCCAGAUAACAUUAAUUUAUGA